CGCUGCCCAUUAAAUGUUGAUUCCGUUAAAAUAGGUAAGGAAAUAAUAUGACUCCACGUCUCUUAACCUCUCUCUGUAUAUCGACGGCGGUAUUCUUGGUCUCAAGCACCACAUCGUUCAAUCGUCCUUGUACUCGGAUUUCAUGGAGUUUCUUUGCCCUUCAUCGAACAUACGCGUGAUGAUCAAGGUACAUGGGGAAUGGGAUAGUAACCUUCAGUUUCAUAGUUUAUGUUCAAUUCCCAUUGAUAUUCCGUUAUCAUGUUCAUUUCACGAUUUCUGCAACAUUUUAAACGGUACAUUGGGUUUGAAGUACAUGGAGGAACAUAUUAGGAUUUCAUACGUCUUUGAGCUUUGUCCUCCCCCUGUUGUUAUUAAUGAUGAUGCGAGCCUGAUGUUCUAUUUGCAAAUGAAGUUCAUUCAAUCUGACGUGAAUAAACUUCCUUUGUGCAUUGAGGUUCUGCAACCAGUUCAAGGCGGAAUUGUGAAUGAGGUGUCAAAUGAUGGUACAACUGCGGUUUGUGAUGAUGGACAUUUGGAAGUCAUCAAUGAAACUGAACCUGUAGUCGGACCAAACGAAACAACAACCUUCGCCGGUGAUAUUGUAGUUCAUGACUCCGGCAUUGAAUGCAGUGACCUGAGCCCUUUGUCAUUUGGGGAUAAUGUGUUAAAUGAUGAUUCGCCAAGCUCAUUUGAAGUUCCUCUCCCGUCUUUUGUGUCCCACUUUGACCCUACUCGUCUUGCUGUCGACGCUAUAUAUGAAAGCAAGAAGGAUUUUGAUUUUAAUUUGAAGAUGUUUGCAAUCACCAAUUUUUUUCAAUACCGAACAUUGUCAUCAUCUCCAAAAGUUUUGCAUGUUAUUUGUGUGUAUCCAGAGUGCAAAUGGGCUGCUCGUGCUGUCCGUGUUGAUGAAAGUGGCCUGUUUCAAGUGCGAAGAUUUGAUAACAAGCACACAUGUCCCAUCGAUGUUAGACAAGCUAAUAGUCGUCAGGCAUCUGCAUCUCUUAUUGCCGAACUCAUUAAACAUGAAUUUGAUGACGUGGCAAAAAAAGUUUACACACCCCAUACAAUUAUGGCAGACAUGCAAAGAAUUCAUGGAAUCGUGAUGUCUUAUAAAAAAGCUUGGCAUGCAAGGGAAAUUGCAAUUCGAUUGGCUCGGGGAUCAGAAAAGGACUCUUACAAGAGGCUACCAUCUUUGUGCCAUAUGCUGGACCAAGCAAACACAGGUUCUAUCGUCACACAUUCUUCCAAUUCAAAUGGAGAAUUUGAGUUUUUUUUUAUGUCUCUUGCGCCAUGGAGGGCUGGAUGGGAACAUUGCAUUCCAGUAAUCAUUGUUGACGGUUCUUUUAUGAAGUCAUAUUAUAAGGGAACACUACUAACAGCAUGCACUCAAGAUGCGAAUAAGCAAAUUUUUCCACUUGCAUUUGCUAUUUGUAGUGUUGAAAAUACGGUGAAUUGGACAUGGUUUUUUAAUAUGUUGAAAAAGUCUCUUACACAUAGGGAAGACUUAUAUGUCGUGUCAGAUCGCCAUGAGGGAAUCUUAAAUGCUGUGCAUUCCGUCUUUCCACAUGCGGAACAUGGUUUUUGUGUUUACCAUAUUUUAGGCAAUAUAAAAUCCAAAUUUCGUGGAUCUCCACGUUUGGUGUCUUGGAAAUUUUUACAGGCAGCCCGGGCUGGUUCGGUGUACGAAUGUGAAGAGUACCUAUCCAUGCUUGAUUACGAUGACCCGGAAAUUCGAAGAUACUUGGAGCGAAUUGGUCAUGACAAGUGGUCUCGUGCAUACGCUAGCCGCAAUAGAUAUUCAGUCAUGAUGUCCAAUAAUGCAGAGUCUUUGAAUGCUGUUGUUGUCACUGCUCGUGAGUAUCCCAUUUGCAAGUUGAUAGAAUUUAUUGUCGGCACAAUGCAGAAAUGGUUUUGUGAUCGUAGAGAAGCUGCUGCAGCCAAUGAAUCUCGGUUAUCUGCCCAUUUUGAAUCCCAGUUGAUACUGUCUCAAGCUAAUGCAGCUGUAAUGCAGGUUCGCCCAUCAUGCAAUUUUGAGUUUGAGGUUUUUGACAGAAAAGGAAGAAUAUAUGUUGUCAAUUUAAGAGCAGGAACUUGUACUUGUCGUGAAUUCCAGCUAGAUGGCUUCAUAUGUGUUCACGCUGUUGCUGCAAUACGAUCUCGCCCUGGUCUUUCUUGUUACGAUUAUAUUCCUCAGUAUUACACUAAUCAUAAAUGGGUUGCAGCAUACGACGGCAUUAUUCAUCCAAUUGGUAGUCCUGACGGUUGGGUUGUUCCUCGUCAUGUAUCUGAAACCAUUUGUAAUCCUCCAUCAUGUUCCAAGCGCCCCCCUGGAAGACCUAAGAAGAGACGAAUACCAUCCAUUGGUGAACAUGUGAGGAAACAAAAGUGUACUCGUUGCUUGACAGUUGGUCACAACAAAAAGACAUGCAGAAACCCCAUUCCGCGUUGCUAAUGUUUCAUUUUUAAAACAUUUUUUUACUUUAUUAUGUUAUUGACUAUUAUUUUUUACACUCAUGUUUGUCUGACAUUAGAGUAUUGUCUUUUUAUUUAAAAGCUUUGGAAGCAUUAUGGUAUUAUUACAUUCAUUUAU